UUGGAAUAUCUCGCCGCCACCCCUUUCACGUUGACGCGUUGUGCUGCCAUUGUGCAAUUUACGCCGACAUGACCUCGCUCCUCGCCCUCGCUGCUCUCUCCGCGUUUGCCGCCGCCCGACCCGAAAUCUUCGGCGGCAUUGACGUCCCCGUCGGCGAAUUCAAGUACGUGGCGAGUCUCCGUGAGACCGAGGCCGGUCCAACCUUGUGCGGAGCGACCUUGAUUGCCCCCAAGGUACUCCUCACCUCCGCUUUCUGCGUCGACUUGUCGCCCAACUACGCGUCGAUCGGAUCGCACAACUCGAUCGGCGACAAGGAUGGCGAACGCAUCAAGAUCGUAAAAAAAACCGUCCACCCGAUGUACAACGACGAGUUGCUCGACUACGACAUAGCCAUCCUUGAAUUGGAAACCGAAUCCAAGUUCGCCCCUGUCGCGCUCAACAGUGACGAAUACGGUGCGAUUGAACCUGGCACCGAUUCGUGGGUGCGUGGCUUCGGCUAUACAUCAUUUCACGCAAAGGAGAACUCCCCCGUCCUUUUGGAAGCCAAAGUAAAUAUCAUGUCCAACGACGAGUGCAAUGAGGCGGUGGGUAAAACUGGCAAAAUCCUCGAUUCCAUGCUGUGUACCAAUGUCGCCAGCAAGGGCCCGUGCGACAACGACUAUGGUGGACCGUUGAUCAUUAUCCGCGACGGUGUCGAGUACGUCGCCGGUGUGUCGAUCUGGACCCUUGGUUGCGACGAUCCUAGCCUCCCUAGUGUGUACUUGCGCGUGUCGGUUGCCAGCGACUUCAUUAAACCCUUCUUGCCUGAAACCCCCCGAAUCCCCAAGCCUGCUUGCUAAGCAGUAGGGAUCAUAAACGUAAUAGCACUUGUCAAAACGAUA